GCUUCCUGCGGCUUCCUGUGCGCGGGAGCAGAGCGCUCGAGCAUUAACGCGCGCGCGUAUAUGUGUGUGUACGUGAAAAAAGCCAAGCCGUAAAAAAGAUGUAAAAGAUGGCGGAGCUACAGAUGCUCCUGGAGGAAGAGAUUCCUGCCGGACGGAGAGCUUUGCUGGACAGUUUCACGAACCUCGAAAGAGUCGCUGAAUACUGCGAAAGUAACUACGUUCAGUCUCCAGAUAAGCACAGAGCGCUAGAAGAAACAAAAAACUACACUACUCAGUCUCUGGCCAGUGUCGCCUACCUGAUCAACACACUUGCGAAUAAUGUGCUGCAGAUGCUGGAUAUCCAGGCGUCACAGCUACGCCGCAUGGAAUCUUCCAUCAACCACAUCUCACAGACAGUGGAUAUACACAAGGAGAAGGUAGCAAGAAGGGAGAUUGGCAUCCUGACAACCAAUAAAAACACCUCCCGCACCCACAAAAUUAUCGCUCCAGCCAAUCCUGAGCGGCCGGUGCGCUACAUACGGAAACCCAUCGACUACAACGUGCUGGAUGACAUUGGCCAUGGAGUAAAGGUCGGAAAUCAGAGCAUGAAGAUGGGGGGUCUUCCUCGGACCACCCCUCCGACACAAAAACCUCCGAGCCCUCCAAUGUCCGGAAAGGGAACCAUAGGGAGACACUCCCCCUAUAGGACACUGGAACCAGUACGCCCACCUGUGGUUCCUAAUGACUAUGUUCCCAGCCCGACACGCAACAUGGCACCUGGGCAGCAACAGAGUCCAGUGCGCACUGCAUCACUGAACCAGAGGAACCGCACGUAUAGUGGGAGCAGUGGAGGCAGCCAUCCCAGCAGUCGCAGCAGCAGUCGAGAAAACAGUGGGAGUGGCAGUGUGGGAGUGCCAAUCGCUGUGCCCACUCCCUCUCCUCCUAAUGCAUUCCCAGCCUCUGCGGCUGGUGCCACCAGCUGUUGUUCUGCUUCAUUUAACUCCACCCAACCUUCUGCUGCCUGCUCCAAGUCUGCACCCACCCAGUCCUUAACCAACCUUACUGCUCCUGCUGAGCUUUCCCCCAUGUCCCCCUCUACUGCUGAGGCUAUAGCUGAAGCCUCUUCGGCUCAACCCCUUACUCCUGCUGCAGCUCCUGCCGCCUCCUCCUCUUCCUCUGCCUCUUCCUCAUCAUCCUCCUCUACCUCCACUACCCCUGCACCAGGCACUGCCCCUCAGUUCUACAGUAUGAACAGGCCUGUAACUAGACAGAUCACGCCCCCUGUUGGUGGCUCUCUGCCUUACCGCCGCCCACCCUCUGUCAGCAGCCAGUCCACUAUGCCUCCCAGCCAGCAGAACGGAGGACCAUACUACAACCAGGGACAAGCCUCAGUGGCACCCCCUCCCCCCUCCAUCCUGCAGAUUACUCCUCAGCUCCCUCUCACUGGCUUCGUGGCUCGAGUUCAGGAGACCAUUUCAGAUGCUCCUCCACCUCCUCCUACAGAGGAGAGUAUGUUUCAAGAAGUGCAGCCUCCUCCUCCACCUCUGGAGGAUUAUGAAGAAGAGGAGUCCUCAGUGGUGGAAUACAGUGACCCAUACGCUGAGGAAGACCCGCCUUGGGCUCCAUGUGCUUACUUGGAGAAGGUGGUGGCAAUCUAUGACUACACACAAGACAAAGAGGACGAACUAUCAUUCCAGGAAGGCGCAAUCAUCUACGUUAUCAAGAAGAAUGAUGAUGGUUGGUAUGAGGGUGUGAUGAACGGCACUACUGGACUCUUUCCUGGUAACUACGUGGAGUCCAUCAUGCACUACACAGAGUGAGGCAUGAACCAGUGCGAUCAGCACUGAAGCCAACACGCAGACAGCCGUUACAGCAGAUGGAUUGGAUCAAAUGUUCAGGCAGGAGCGAUAGUCAUUUGUGAGAAGAGCAAACGUCAGUGGUCGAGAAGCGGACAGUGUUGGCUUUUCACCACGGACCGAAGGGAAGAAAUGCAAUAUCAGAGUAUAAUAAAAUGUACUAACAUUAAAA